AAACCCUAACAAGAAUCUACUUGUGUGUGAGAGAGGAGCGGCGGCGAAAAUGGUGAAGUUUUUGAAGCCGAACAAGGCGGUGGUGGUUCUCAACGGCCGUUUCGCCGGACGGAAAGCGGUGAUCGUAAGACAAUUUGAUGACGGAACUCGUGACCGUCCCUAUGGUCACUGUCUCGUUGCCGGAAUCGCCAAGUACCCGAAGAAGGUGAUCCGAAAGGAUUCUGCGAAGAAGACGGCGAAGAAAUCUCGCGUGAAGGCAUUCAUCAAGCUCGUGAACUACAACCAUAUCAUGCCGACUAGGUACACGCUCGACGUAGAUCUCAAGGAUGUCGUCACGGUCGAUGCGCUUCAGUCGCAUGACAAGAAGGUGACUGCUUGCAAGGAGACGAAAGCACGGUUGGAGGAGCGUUUCAAGACCGGAAAGAACCGUUGGUUUUUCUCGAAGCUCCGAUUCUGAGGAAAAGAUAAGUUGUUUUGCGUUUCGGAUUUUGUUCUGUUAUUUCUCGAUUUUCAGCUGGUGAAUGAUAAUGCUAGACUUUUUUAUGAAUCUUAAUGCACUUUCAGUUUUUAUAUACAUAUUUUGCAUCUGUGUUUUCAAGUAUUGAAUUUCAUGUUUAUGAGUUAUGACCGUAAUUUGGUUCGUCAGUUCUUCAAUUGAACGAUGUUUGCAUCGUUUUUGAAUUUGGUUUUUGGUUAGUGAUUGACCUAAACUCUGUUUGCUGUUAUUGUGGAAUCAUUG